AUGGCGCCACCAGACGCCCUCCCCACGGCCGCCAUCUCCAACCGCAUAUCCAUGCUCGUCGCCGCGCAGUCCUCCGUCCUCGCCACCCUCAGCCCCUCUACGACCAAGCGUCGCACCGCCGCGACGACUGCCGCAGUCAACCACGGCAAGACGCAGGCGGAGCUCGACGACGAGGCGCUCUUCAAGAACAACGCCAACCCCAACGAGGGCGUCGGCUACGUCGCGCCGAGGUCCGGCUCCGCGGCGGACAAGACCAAGCAGGACCGGGAGCUGCGCGGACGGGUGCUCGGCAAGCGCGGGCAGGAGAUUGUCGCGGAGCGGGAGCGGAUGCAGAAGAUGAAGAAGAAGAAGGUGAUGAUGGAGGGGGAGAGCGAGGAUGAGGAUGCGGGGAGGAGCGCGCUGGGGAAGCGAAAGCGGCCGCGGCGAGAGGUUCCGCAGCCGAGCGAGGACGAGGACAGGGAAAAGGACAAGGGUGUGACGGAGGUGGAUGGAAGGGAGGAGCCUGGAAAUGAAGAAGAUGAGGAGAAGCGGGAAGAUGCUGGCGACGUAGAGAGGCAGAACGCAGCAGCGGAGCAAACGGCGCAACCAGCAUCGACGACGACGAAGCGCAAGAAGAAUAAAAAGAAAAAGAACAAGGCCAAGGCAUAA